AUGUCGGAUGUGUUCGACGGAGUUUUUCUCUAUUUACUCGGCUUCAUUAGUCUAUUUGCUGGUUCUGCCUCGUCUCUACCUAUUGAAGUAGGAGCUGCACGUGACCUGAAGAAAGAUGUCGAUCUCAAUCUGCCGUGUUCAAAGCAGCUCUGCUUUACCAGCUGUGGUGUUUCUGGACUAGAGGACGUUCAGUUACAAAUAACAGGAUUUCCUCUACUUAAAGAAUCAAGAACAGUGGCUCUUAAUUUGUCAUUUGUUCCAAGAGAGGAUAUUUCUAUUCUCGUCUUGGCUAUAAAUGUCUCUGUAAGCAUUCCCAGUCUUCCUAACGUCACUCCUAUCACUCAGUUCAAUUUUUACGAGCUAUGUGACUUACAAUUACCAGGAAUUCAGUGCCCAUUGAUUGCUGGAAAAAGAGUCCAUGGGAAACUAAUCGUUACUUUAAACAAUACGUGGGAUUUUUCGAUGCAGAUUGGCACGCAUUUGUCAGCAGUUGCAACAAUGUCUGAUGAGAACCGGCAACUUCUUUGUCUGAAAGGAGAAGUAGUGGUACAGUGGCUGUAGUCAAAAGAAAAUGUAUCAAUUAAGUUAGCUUGAGGGUAGCUAGAACAUCUUGCAUUUAAAAAGGGUGUGCAAGCAUAUAGUCCGUAGGUGUACUAGUACUGUAGCACUAGAGGUUUCCAGGGGCGUAGGAACGGGUCGGGCCGGUCGGGCCAUGGCCCGACCACUUUGGAAAUAUGGAUUUCAGCAAGCGAACGAUUGCCGUAAACUUUCGGUUUAG